GCAAGCAGAGCCGGAGCCGCCCAGUUACAGCGGGACCCGGGCCUCUGGGGUCCAGACAGGGGUCGCCAUGAUCCGAUUCAUUCUCAUCCAGAACCGGGCAGGCAAGACACGCCUGGCCAAGUGGUAUAUGCAGUUCGAUGAUGACGAGAAGCAGAAGUUGAUCGAGGAAGUGCACGCCGUGGUCACCGUCAGGGAUGCCAAGCACACCAACUUUGUGGAGUUCCGGAACUUCAAGAUCAUCUACCGGCGCUACGCUGGCCUCUACUUCUGCAUCUGCGUUGACGUCAACGACAACAAUCUGGCCUAUCUUGAGGCCAUCCACAACUUCGUAGAAGUGUUAAAUGAAUACUUCCACAAUGUCUGUGAACUGGACCUGGUGUUCAACUUCUACAAGGUUUACACGGUGGUAGAUGAGAUGUUCCUGGCAGGAGAGAUCCGAGAGACGAGCCAGACGAAGGUGCUGAAGCAGCUGCUGAUGCUGCAGUCGCUGGAGUGAGGCGGGCCUCCGCCCAGCCCGGCCUGCUGGGCCAACCUGCCUGCUCGUCCCCUGCCAGGCUCGAGGCCCACCCCAGCAGCCCCCUCCCUUCCUCAGCUGGCCCAGAGGAGUGACCCAGCAGGGUCUAGGCCACAGGGGAGGAGGCCAGAACCCACUGCCUCUGGGCCCUACGUGGAUGGCAGAGGCCACCGUGAUGUCCCGAGUAACUGUGCCAUUAUUGUGUGAUGCUGUGAGUGUGCGUGUGUGCAGCCCCCAAUAAACCUGUGGUCCUGCCUG